GAGAAAAGUUGGGGCAGCGACGUAGCUGGUUGCACUCAGUGCUUGGGCGAUUCCAGGCUUGUAUCGCGGCCCUAGCAGCGCUGCUUUCGCUGUUGCAUUUGUUUUUCUUGGGCUGAGCAGGUAACCAUGUGCCAUUACGGUGGCAUCGUUCGCUAGUAGGAACGCAAUAAACAACGCAGCCAGCAGUGGAGCGAACGCCUCUCACCAACACCACUGAAAGAAACCCCACUCUUCCCCCUUGCGAAGAGUGGUCGAGCCCGUGACGUCACGUCCUGUUCGUCUGCCUGAAUGAAAAAAGGAGCACAAAAAUGCUGGAAUGGGACGAAUUUCUGCGCUGUUGCAAAGAGAUUGAAGCCGUCUCGGCCACGUUAGACGACGGCUGGCGUUGCGUGGUCGACAAGGGAGGUGAGCUGGGAUCCACGUACCUGGAGAAGCGGUGCACCUCGCUCCACAAGACUUCCGGUCAGCGCGCUUCUUGGUCUGGAGACUCGCUGGGCGCGGAAGCCGAACAGUGCCUCGAAGAGGCGGCGCCAGACCCGGGCUGCGCCGACGUCGGCGACCGCGAGGAGGAAGUCCUGCAGUUCGUGUACCACGUGGUCUACAGCGCCAGUUACGGGGUGCCCGUCAUGUACUUCAACGUUUGGAAACGCGACGGCAGCCUGCUUCCGCUGAGCGACGUCUGGUCCCUGAUGCCCGAAUGCCUGCAGGAGCAGCUGAAGCAGCUGCGGUGGUCUACCGUGACGCAGCAGGAGCACCCGAUCCACGGGGUCCCCUACUUCCAGCUGCACCCAUGCAAGACGGCCCAGCUCAUGGAGCAGACGCGGCCAAAGCACCAAGACGGGAAGCACAGCAAUUACCUGGUGACGUGGCUCAGCUCGGUAGCUCCCGUGGUUGGCCUGGAGUUUCCUGUCCAGUACUCGGCCAUCGUGGCACCGGCGUCCUCCUGACGUAGUCUAGCGACGUCUUGUAUACGACUUCACUCGGUGCUGUUAGCACCCCCCGCCCCCCCCCC